AUGCCCAUUUUAUAUGAAGCCUAUUGUGAAGAGCUCCACAGAGUCGCGAAUGACCUCGAACAGUACCAGCGAAUCGAGAACCUACGGCGUAACCGACGAGUGAACCGACCUCACUACCCCCAUACAAACGACCAACCAGCUGCCGCCACGGCCCCUCCUCUAUACCCCAAUGCCAUGGAUAUAUCGAACGCCAACCCUGCGAGACCUCCCCUAACGUGUUAUAACUGCCAACAACUGGGUCAUAUCGCGCGACUUUGCAAUAACGCCUACGUUCCCCGAUACGCCGCCGGGCCUCAAACCCGUAGACCGGUUGCCCCUAGCAACCGUCGGACACCCGUCACGAACAACGUCAACCCCAUAACGCUACCGGCUCCGGCCAAUAUACCGACGAGCGCCACUAUGCCCCGGGAUGAGGAGUUGGAUUUGGAAAACGAAUAG